AUGGCUACAUGUGAUUUGGAGAACAGAACAAGUGUAAUUGGGAAGAAGCAGCUGGAGCAAGCGCAGGGAAAAACCGGCCAAUCAGCUCCAUCAAAGACCCAUCUCUCUUCUCCGUCCUCAGUGGUUUCCAUCGAGGAUCCCUUCGACCAAGAUGACUGGCCAGCCUGGAAGAAGUUCACGGCCGAGGCUGGCAUCCAGGUGGUGGGCGACGAUCUGACGGUGACCAACCCCAAACGCAUCAGCAAAGCUGUGCAGGAGAAGUCGUGCAAUUGUCUUCUUCUCAAAGUCAACCAGAUCGGCUCCGUCACCGAGUCGCUGCAAGCUUGCAAGCUGGCCCAGUCCAACGGAUGGGGGGUGAUGGUGAGCCAUCGUUCCGGAGAGACGGAAGAUACCUUCAUUGCGGACUUAGUGGUUGGUCUGUGCACCGGACAGAUUAAGACUGGUGCUCCUUGCCGAUCCGAACGCCUAGCUAAAUACAACCAACUUCUAAGGUAAAAGCUCUUUUUAAUGGAUAGAUUUCUUCUAUCCAGCAUCUUCUCUUCCAUCUGUGAUCUGUGGCCGUAAUAAAGACCCAAUUGUUUUUGUUGAAUUGUUCUCUAAAUUCCUGGAUGCCCGUAAGAUUGCAAAGUUCUGUUCUAUGCAUCACGAGCGCUAGCAGAAGAAAAAAAAUAUUUUUAUUUAAAUAUUCAACAAAAUAC